CAGAUCUCACAGUGCAUGGAUCAGUGUACCACAGCACGGUCUGCCUCUCACCGUGAUCGUGCCUGUUAGCACGCGGACACUCAGCUGAGCCGGAGAGGCGGUCUGCAACGUCACUUCUCUUCGCCGCACGAAGCAGCGGCAGCAGCAGCCGGAGCAGCUGUCAUGUGAAUCAGCUGGACGAACAAGGAAGGGGAUACAAACAACACGACUCCAUCUUUCUAUUCAAGGUUAUAUCUGGUGAGGCGGCAGGAUGGCGGGAGCAGAGGUGUACACCCCUGCAAACCCCACCUGCAAGAUUAUGACCUUCAGGCCCACCAUGGAGGAGUUCAAGGACUUCAACCAGUACCUGGUUUACAUGGAGUCUCAGGGUGCUCACCGUGCAGGCCUGGCUAAGGUGAUUCCUCCUAAAGGCUGGAAGCCCCGUCGUACCUAUGAUGACAUAGAUGAUCUGAUGAUUGAUGCUCCCAUCCAGCAGAUGGUAGCUGGCCAGUCAGGGCUCUUCACGCAAUAUAAUAUCCAGAAGAAGCCUCUUAGUGUGCAGGAGUUCAGGCGAUUAGCUAACAGUGACAUGUACUGUACACCUCGCUACCUGAACUAUGAAGAUCUUGAGAGGAAAUAUUGGAAGAACCUCACUUUUGUCUCCCCCAUAUAUGGUGCUGAUGUCAGUGGCAGCCUCUAUGAUGAGGAUGUGGAGGAGUGGAACAUUGGCCACCUGAACUCUAUCCUGGAUGUUAUCGAGGAGGACAGCGGUGUAUCCAUCCAGGGCGUUAACACUCCAUAUCUGUACUUUGGCAUGUGGAAGACCACCUUCUCCUGGCAUACUGAAGAUAUGGACCUGUACAGCAUCAACUACCUCCACUUUGGAGAGCCUAAGUCCUGGUAUGCCAUCCCCCCUGAGCAUGGGAAGAGACUGGAGCGUCUGGCUACAGGUUUCUUUCCUAACAGCUUCAAGGGGUGUGAAGCUUUCCUUCGUCACAAGAUGACUCUAAUCUCCCCCUCCAUACUGAAGAAGUAUGGCAUUCCUUUUGAUAAGAUUACUCAGGAAGCUGGAGAGUUCAUGAUCACCUUCCCUUACGGCUACCAUGCUGGCUUCAAUCAUGGCUUCAACUGUGCAGAGUCCACCAACUUUGCCACCGUACGCUGGAUAGACUACGGCAAAGUGGCAACACAGUGCACAUGCAGCAAGGACAUGGUAAAGAUAUCCAUGGAGCCCUUUGUGAAACGUUUCCAACCUGACCGGUACCCUAACUGGAUGCUGGGCAAAGAUUCUGCACCUCUCGACCACAUACUUGCUACUCCCAGUACAACGCCAGAGCUGCAGAGCUGGUUGCAGAGACGGCGCAAGAACAAACCGACUAAUAAAGGCAGCACCCACUCUCGUAUGCGCUCCAAGCGCCUCAGAACCACUGAGGAACCUAUCGGCCUUGAUGGCAGCUCAGCACUGACAAACAACAAGAGGAAAAGCACGGCUGGUCCAUCCGGGCCAAAGGUGCGGCGGUCUGUGGCAGGGGCAACCUGCAGGGAAGAGAAAGAGAAGAAAAAGGAAGCAGAGUCAAAGCACAACCUGGAUCACAACUCUGCUCACCUUACUGGUCCUUGCAGACAGAUGUGUGUGGUCAAGGUAAAUCGUGUAGAGAGUGAUUGUUUGGAAUUUUUGAAUAAGGAGCCAUCCCAUAACUCUCACAGCAUCUCCAUUCCCUCCCCUGCUUCACCGGUGAAGAACAACCUUAAGGCAGAGACGGUCACUCACAGUGACCCUCAACAGCUCUCAGGGUCAGGGGUCACGAGCAGAAGUUCUGAAGGACUCAGACAAUCACCUGAGGCUACCCAGAUGCGUCUGGAAAUUAAUGAGUCAAGGUGUCACUCUCCUGAACCACGAGACUUCUCAACUACUCAGGACUGCUUGAUCAGGGUCUCUCCCCUGGAGGCCAACAAACUCAGCUCAUCCUCCCACACAACAAACACUACUGCUGAGACUAAGACAAGCUUGUGUCCCCCUGACUCUGAAGCUCAGACAUCUAGUUUCUCAUGUAGAGAAGACACUUUAAGCCAAACACCAAACACUGACAGUAGCAUGGACACGGGUACAGAGAAUUACACUAAUAACACUGCUAAAGCAGAGAAAAUGGACACAGUUGUUGAUCCAAAACACAUCAAUCCACACUCCACUACAGAAGCACUUUAUGAUCUCAAAACUGAGCCAGCAGAGGGGGAUAGCUACACAUUGUGUGGCUCCUACUCCCCUUCAGGACAUAACUGCAGUUCAGAAAAAAACAGCACUGAGGAAAAUCUUUUCCCUCCUCUGCUACAGAGGAGCGUAGUAGAUAUGCCACAACUCACUCCAGAACCAGCAGAUAAGUUUGAAAGCUGCCCUUUGCCACCUGUUCUGAUCCAAGAGAUGCCCUCUCUCACCCCAGCUGAUGACGGGCUAACAAAUGUUCCAAAAGCUGCAUCAUGUAAUCACCAGGUUGCACCUGUGCUGCAGCGGGAGACGCCAACCGUCUCUCUGUCCUCAAAUGCAUCCAAACAGGAAGAGAGAGAAACUGACCUAAUGAUGUCAAAAGAACCUCUCGCUGUCGAAUAUGCCAACAAGUGGCAUUUAGAGUCUCCAUUUAAUUGCGAAGGGGCAGCAGUGUCUGGUUUAGAGGGAAACACGGCUCAUUUAGCUACCAAUGCUAUGCACAAAAUAACAUCUGGUGGUGUCCAGGAAAUGCUAAUAAUGCCAGGAAUUGCUGCAGAAACGGAUCAGUCAGAGCUGGAAAAUGUUAGUGCUGGACAGACUGAUGCUUCCUCUCGCCAGAAAGUUCAGAGCACUGCACCUCAAACAGAGCAGCAAUACAGCUUCGCAGAGUUAGCAAGCAAAGAUAACUCAAAGGACACAGCUCAAAGAGACGGUGCAUUCAGUCUGAGCAGUUCUGGCUCUCUUUUAACUGGUACCUCAAACAAUAAUCCCCCAACCCCUUCCCCACCAAUAUGCACUCAAAGUGACAGUCACUCAGCAUUACAACUACACCAACACACUACAUACUCCCCUUCACAUUGCAUUUCCGAGAACCCGUACAUGGAGCCCAGAUCGUUCUCCAGCAGCAUCUGGAGAAAUUUCACCUCCCAGGGUCCUGCGGUGCUCAUCCAGAGUCUGCAUCCAGAGCUCCCUUCUGACUUCACCCACGACCCCCUACCUUACACCAUGUGGACCGAACCUCAGUGUAAAGAAGUGACAGACCUUGAGGAUGCGGAACAAGACCUCAGAGAAUCAGAGAACCAGGGGGAGGGAGGAGGGCCUCUCACUUGGGCCCAGCUUGAGCCCACCUCGCUGGUCUCAGUCGGUGCUGUCGAGCCCCUGGGGCUCUGCGGAGAUUACGAGCUCCACAGAGCAGAAGCAGAUGCGUCUGAAGCCCUCUCUUUGUGCAGGGAGCUGGGGAGGCAAAGGGAGGCAGAGGGGAGCCUACACUCAGAUACUGCUGUUUCACCUCUCGGGAUGGGAGCAGGAGAACAGGAUGGGGUCUCUGAUAUGGAAGAAGGGGGAUCUGAUGUUGAAGAGGCAGAGCAGCAAAAUAGUGUCAAGAGAGAGAGCAGUAGUGAAUCAUCUGAUGAGGAGGAAGAAGAAGAGGAAGAAGAAGAGGAGGAAAAUGAUAACUGCGAGUGUGAUGAAUCAGGCCUGGAACCAGGGGAGGUUUGUGCAUACCCUGCCCUGUCGGUGAAGAGGACCACUAAGAGCUGGCGUCACCCACUCAGGAAACCCACUGCAAGGGCUGUACCCACUGCUGUCAAACAACAGGCUGCCAGCGACGAUGAGCCCCCUGAAGCAAGCCUGGCGGAGGAGGAGGAGCAGGAAAUGGAGGCGUGGGCGAAGCCCCUCAUCUACCUGUGGCAGAACAGGAAGAGCUGCUUCACAACGGAGAGGGAGUACAAUGCUCAUGCAGCUACCAUGCAGCCGUACUGUGCUGUGUGCACACUCUUCAUGCCCUAUUAUCAGGCUGAAGACAAAGCAGAGGACAACACACCUAUCAUAGCUAAGGACACCUCCAAAUCCUCAUCUCCAAUGGAGGGCCCCACACGUCCCUGUAGAGGUCUGAGAAGGACCAAGCCCCUUGUCCCAGAGAUCUGCUUUUCUUUCCGGGAGCAGAAUUGCCCCCCAACUCCCACCAACCCUCUGCUGCAGGAGGAUGGCACCUCCCCUCUGCUCUACUGCCAGGGCUGCUGCCUGCAAGUCCACGCAAGUUGCUAUGGUGUAGCGGCAGAUGACGUCAGCGAACAGUGGUCGUGUGAUCGCUGCACGGAAGGAAGCUUUACAGCGGAAUGCUGUUUGUGUAACCUCAGAGGUGGAGCUCUGAAGAAAACCCAAAACGACAAAUGGGCCCACGUGAUGUGUGCAGUAGCACUGCCAGAAGCAAGGUUCAGUGAUGAAGCUAAGAGGAGUCCCAUUGACACCAGUCGGAUCCCCAUGCAGCGAUAUAAACUGAAGUGCAUCUAUUGUCGUAAACGCUGCGCGGGGAAGCGGCAGGCAGGGGCUUGUAUCCAGUGCUCAUGCGGCAGGUGUCCCACCUCCUUUCAUGUGACCUGUGCCCAUGCUGCCGGUGUAAUCAUGGAGCCCGAUGAUUGGCCGUAUGUUGUGUCAAUCACCUGCCAUAGACAUCAGUCACGGAGUUCGUCAGCUAAGCAGCGAGCAUGCCAAGCGUCCAUCGCACUGGGUCAGACGGUGAUCUCCAAACACAAGAACCUGCGCUACUACAGCUCAAAGGUCACCCAGAUCAGCUCCCAGAUGUUCUACGAGGUCAUGUUCGAUGACGGCUCCUUCUCUAACGAUACCUACCCCGAGGAUAUAGUGAGCAGAGAUUGUAUGAACUUGGGUCCUCCUGAAGUGGGGGAAGCUGUUCAAGUGAAGUGGCCUGAUGGGCUGUUCUAUGGUGCCAAAUACCUGGGAUCCAACGUGUCCUACAUGUACCAGACAGAAGAACGGGCGCACAGUAUCAUUUCGCAACUCCGACAGACUACUCUUAACACGUCGCGUAGCAAUAUUCACGUGGAUUAUGAUGAAGAGGAGGACAUAACAGAGGAUGAGCAUUGCACACAGACGGACUGUGUGAAGACUGAAGCAUGCAGCUGCGUUGCCAAAUGCAAAACACAGAGUGGAGACAUGCAGAAAGGUAGUGGAGAGACGCAAGUGGAGUUUGAGGAUGGGUCCCAGGUGCUGGCCAAAAGAGAAGACGUCUAUACUUUAGACGAAGACCUGCCUAAAAAGGUGAAACGUAGACUUUCCACGGCCUCAAGCAUGCGUUUCCAGGAUGCCUUCUUCACCACGCAGGGGGAGAGGAAACGGCAAAGAACACCCAAUUCACGCUUCCAGAAAGACUAUGUGGCCCUGCCAGGCCUUCGUACAACUGCCAAAAGCACAUGGGAGCAACGCAGCCACAAAGGGAAAUGAAGUCAUGGAGAAGGAUCAUUGACAAAAUGAAUGCACUGAGUUAGCAGUGGAUGUAGAGGGGAAGCUGCGUGUGCGUGAGAGUAUGUGUGAGUAUGCUUGUGUGUUAGUGUUUUGGAUAGACUUCCAUCUCAACCGUUGACCACACAAACUGCCCUGCGAGCAGAUCAGAGGAAACGACGUAAGGAAUCGGGUGAUUUGGGUUAGACGGACAUUAACUUGCUUGUACAUUAUCCAUCAGUGACUGUGACAGGCCGGAGAAGAAUUGGGACAGCUGCACUCUUACAGAACGGGUUAACAGAGGGCAUCGUUGCCUCGGUUUCCCAGUGCUUUCACAUCCGUCAGGGAAAAAAAACGUGACUUACAUUUGUCACAAUCACCUUUUUUUGAGAUAAUGAAAAAAAAAGAAGUUUUUUUCUUUGUACAUGAAAAAUUCAAAAGGUUAGAUUUUUCUAAAUGGCUUGCCUAUGGUAGCUUUUUGGGGGUCUGUUAUUUCCAGUUUUUUGAUUUUGAAUAUUUAUGCACUUUGCUUGUAGUAUUUUCCUCAUGUCUUACUGUUUCUCCCCGCAUGUUAAGCAUUGUCUUCUAACUGCUCCUGCGAGAGUCCAAUCACACUACAGUGGCUUCCUCUCUGCAUGUUUUAUAAAUUGUGUAAUAUAAUAAUGAAAAAUGAAUCAUUGCAGGAUUAAAAAAAAAAAAUUGACCGCGUUAAUCCCACCUUAAGGUGAAGGAUUCAGGCAGGAAGCCAUGCCUUUGUGUUGGAUUCUGUGCACUAUUAACGUGAAAUGCUACUGUCGCUGUUGAAUGAACCACAUUGUUGAAAUUAUUUAAAAUUUGUAUUUAUUUUUGGCUUGCUAUAGUUAAACUAUUGCUAACUGCUGUAAGAAAACAAUAAAAAAUUACAUAUGUUUUGUUU